GCGACGAUUCUAUUUUGUACUCCUUGUUGUAAUAACCCAUUUUGCUAGUGAUUUUUAUCCUGUACCGAACAAUGUUGGAUCCAACUCUACAACGGCAUCUGAAGGGUCAUCGCGGAAAGCUGACAGGAUUGUCGUUCAACCCGGAAGGCUCCCGUUUCGUGACCAGUUCUGUCGACAACUCCGCAAUCGUUUGGACCAUUAACGAACAAGUUCGCUGCAUGCGCUUCGAGGCGCAUACGGAUGUAAUAAACGACGUCUGCUGGUCACCGGAUGGUAGGAUCAUUGCAUCCGUUUCAAAGGAUCGAACCGUCAAGAUAUGGGUCCCGUCCUUGCUGGGCAACUGCGACGAGUUCCGGGGACAUACGUCCAACAUCAGGUCGGUGGAUUUCGACCCGAGCGGAAAGAAGCUGCUUACGAGUUCGGAUGAUAAAACUAUCAAACUAUGGAAGGUGUCCCGCAAACAUUUCCUAUCCUCCUUCGUUGGCCACACAAAUUGGGUGCGAUGUGCCCGGUUUUCACCGGAUGGGAAGCUUAUCGCGUCCUGUGCCGAUGAUCGCACACUAAAGCUGUUCGAUCCGGCCUCCGGGCAGUGCAUUCAUACAUUCGAGGACCAGAAGGGGGCUGGGUGUAAAAUUGCCUGGCAUCCUAGCGGCACACUGGUGGCUAUAGCUCUUGAUAACAAUCGGGUCAAAAUUUUUGAUAUACAUAUAAGAAAGUUGAUCCAGUAUUACCGAAUCUUCGAUGGACCUGUCGUAUCGCUGGAUUUCCAUCCGUCCGGAAACUACCUUAUAACGGGAAGUGAGGAUGGUGUCACAAAAAUCAUCGAUCUCCUGGAAGGUCGUCAGAUAUUCACGCUCACCGGGCACAAGGGGCCGGUAACGACGGUAAAGUUUUCGAGGGAUGGCCAACUGUUUGCAACGGGUAGCGAAGAUCGUCAUGUCAUGCUGUGGAAGGCUAAUCUCGAUAAUGAGUUGGAGUCAAACUCACUCUAUUCAUCGACCAGCAGCUUGGAAAAUCCAACGGGAGGCGAACGGAAGCUUAGCUACAACCAUGAUGUCAGCGAAACUCUCGCUGAUGACGAUGAAUUGAGCUACAACUGCAACAAAGAAAAUCUUCCAGAUACCAGCAUUUACGUCGAUGCGACAAAAACCGAGAAUUUCAAAAUAUCGGACGCCGUAGAGGUUAGCGAGUAAAAGCAUUUUCAUUCCUUGUUGCAUAUAUCGUUUCAUAUUUAACUUUCAUUUCAUAUAUCUAACCAUUGAAUUGUACUAACAUCUUCCAAUGUCGUUGUUUCGAAAGGAAAUCAUAAUAAAACUGAAUAAACCUGCGCUGGGCACAACAUCA